AUUAUUGGGACUGGAGUGGGAGCUCAUUUCACACAUUCUGCGUGUGAGUGAAUGAGAGAGGACAACUAGUGCGGACUUUUGCAUGAGAAAAUCCUGAAGGUGAUAAGAGGAAAUCUCUCUCUAGAAUCCCCAUUUUUUUUGCUGGGUGAGUCACAACUGAUUUCUCUUUUCGUGUUUCUGUUCCGUUGUUAGUUCAGUCAUGUAUUAAGUUUCUGAUUCUUUGUGAACGGAUUUUUCAUGUGCUAUUAUUAUUUUAAUGUUUUUCCCCUUGGAUCUAUUGCGGGAUCGUUUCUCGGAUUUUUUGGAUCUCGAUUGCUGAAUCCAUAUCGCUUCUCGUCUAAUGGCUGAUACAUGGUGCGCUAGAAUUUGACUAAAGAUAUAAGCUCAAUUGCAACACAAGAGUAGCUCUAUACAAAUCAUGUUUUUCCGCAAGAGCAAUUCCUCUCAUGAUGGUGAGAGUGUCGAGCAGCAGCAUGAGCGCAAGUUCCAAGAGCUCAAGGCGUCUCUGGGACCAUUGUCAGGUCGCAGUCAGCAGUAUUGCUCUGAUGCAUGUUUGAAGAGAUAUCUGGAAGCUCGGAGCUGGAAUGUAGAAAAAUCAAAGAAGAUGUUGGAAGAGUCGCUGAGAUGGAGAUCAAGUUUUAAACCUGAAGAAAUCCGUUGGAAUGAAGUUGCUAUUGAAGGUGAGACUGGGAAAGUAUUCAGAGCUAACUUUCAUGAUCGACAUGGUAGGACUGUUCUUAUACUGAGACCAGGAUUGCAGAAUACAACAUCAUUGGAUAAUCAGAUGAAACAUCUUGUUUAUCUCAUUGAGAACGCCAUACUAAAUCUUCCAGAAGGGCAGGAGCAGAUGGCGUGGUUGAUUGACUUUACAGGUUGGUCUUUAAGCAACAACGUCCCUAUUAAGUCUGCAAGAGAUACUGUCAACAUACUACAAAAUCAUUACCCUGAGAGACUAGCCGUGGCGUUUCUGUACAGCCCCCCUCGCAUUUUUGAAGCAUUUUGGAAGAUUGUUAAGUACUUCUUGGAUCCAAAAACGUUCCAGAAGGUGAGAUUUGUAUACCCAAAGAACAAGGACAGCGUAGAAAUCAUGAGGUCGUAUUUUGAUGUUGAGAAUCUCCCGACUGAGUUUGGAGGCAACGCUACACUGCAGUACGACCAUGAGGAGUUUUCAAGGCAAAUGGCAAAGGACGACGUGAAAUCUGCCAAGCUGUGGGGUCUGGAGAAGCACCACCCUAAUGGUUUAAUGGGAGCAGAGGUGGCUCCGGAGCCAGAGUCCCUUGCUCCUCCAGCGAGCUAAGUAAGUUGUAUCUAAUGGCGAUGACAAAACUAAAUUAUGAUUACGAGAAUAAUGCUAAAUCUAGUGUAUAAGCUCCACAAGAAAUUAACCAAAUGGGUACUUGCAAGAAGGUUAAUACUAUAUUUUGUGUACUGUUACAGUCGAAUCUAUUCAGCCAAUUUCCCAGAGAA